CUAAGUUGAAUCAGUCACUCUCUUUAAACCCUUGAAGGAAGGUAUUGUCAAGAAACUUCUAAAACUAUUGUCAAGAAAAUGGUAGGAAUUUUUUUUCUUGACUUUAUCAGGAAACAGUACAGCAAGACAUAUUAAUAAGUAACAUAAUAUUGGAAAUUUCUCUUUGAAUGAAUUUCCUAAUGAUGGACUUCCUGAAUUAAAAUGCUAUCCCACCACCACAACAACAAGAAGUACUUUAUUUGGGAGGAGGCAUGAAAAUACAAAACCAAACUAUGCUUUCAGAGUUCAUCAUCCUUGGGUUUCAAAACCUGCAGGAACUACAGUACUUGCUCUUCAGUGUAUUCCUGACUCUCUAUUUAUUCACAGUGCUGUGGAAUAUCUCCAUUAUCACUAUAGCAAUUUUUGAUCAGAAGCUCAGAACCCCCAUGUAUUUUUUCUUGGGGAACCUGUCUUUCCUUGACAUCUGCUACACUAGCACCACAAUUCCACAGAUGCUGGAUCUUAUUCUCAAAGACACGAGCAGUAUUUCUUACACAGCCUGUGUUCUCCAACUGUACUUUUUCUUCUCCUUUGUAGGGACAGAAUGCCUUCUUCUGGCAGUAAUGGCUUUGGAUCGCUAUAUUGCUAUUUGCAAUCCUUUGCACUACUCAUUAUUUAUGAGGAGAUGGGUUUGCCUCCAACUAGCUAUAGCUUGCUGGGUUGGAGGUUUUCUUAACUCUGCAAUUCAUACUUAUUUUGCCCUUCAGUUACCUUUUUGUGGAGACAAUCGCCUAGAUGCAUUCUACUGUGAUAUUCCUCCACUGCUAAAGUUGUCAUGUGGAGAUGUCUCCCUCAACCAAAAGCUCUUGCUAUCUAUUGGAUUAUUCAUAGCAUGGACACCUCUUGUUUGCAUCCUUCUGUCAUAUUUAUCCAUCAUUUUCACAGUACUGAAGGUGCAGUCUGCAGAAGGAAGACAAAAAGCUUUUUCCACCUGCUCCUCUCAUCUUACAGUGGUUCUACUUUAUUAUGGCAGUUGCAUUUUCACCUACUUGAGACCUGUCCCUUCCCAGUCUUCUGUUAAUACCAAGCUGACCCCACUAAUGUACAGCAUCUUGACUCCAUUACUAAAUCCUGUUAUAUAUACUUUGCGAAACAAAGAUGUAAGGAAUGCUUGGAGAAAUAUAAUGAGAAAGAUUUAAAUUUUGUAACAUUCAGAUAGAAGCAUAUAGGAAAAAAGAGUUCCCUCCUUUUUUAGAUAAUGUAGUCAUAAAUUAGAAAGGGCUUUAGAGAUAUUUUAAAAGUGAUAAAUGGCAUCAUCAUCUUACAAUGAUAUGAUUCAAACUUCUUAUGUACUUACACAUUUUUAAUGAAUAAAUGGUAUAGAGUACUCUGAUAUUAGUACUCUAAAAAUAAAUAGAUAAAUCAUAGAUCCUUGAAUACAUUGGCCUAGUUGAGGUUGUUGUUUUGUUUUGAAAUUUUGCCUGAUAUAUAUUAAUCUGUUUUAAUCUGAUAAAGCAGAGUUUCCACCAAUUUGAACUAUUUCUUCCAUCCAUUUAAUGUCUACAUGAAACCACUGGAGAGAUCAUCCAUCAACAUGGAGUAAGAUAUCAUCAAUAUGCUGAUGAUACUCAGCUAUACAACUCAAUCCAUGGUGAGCUACAUGAUGUUGUGACCAUCCUCUCUCGGUGUCUGAAGGCUAUUGAGGUCUGGAUGGGGAGGAAUAGGCUAAAACUGAACUUUGGCAAGAUAGAGAGUCUCUGGUCCUUGGUUCUUGGAACAUUACCAUCUUUGAUCGUGGAUGGAGUUGCACUGCCCCAGACUUACCCAUGGCUUAAUAAUGAAGUUCUCCUGGGCUUAAGGAACAAAUAGCAGUUGCACAACUUGAUAUUGUAUGAUAUUGAUAUUGUAUGCCAGUUUUCUGGUCUGUGACUAUAAUAAAGAUUGAUUGAUUGAUUGUAUGCCAGUUACAUCCAUUCCUGGACCAACAUGCCCUUCUCACACCAUGAUCUCUUUCUACUUAGACUAUUAUAAUGUACUCUGAUAAUUACGGUGGAAAUGUUUCAUAAGAAAUUUCUUCAUUGUAAAUUUAUAAAUUAUAAAUUCCUUAUAGGAAUAAAUGUUGAGAUAAGGAAAUACAAAAUCAAAGUGAUCUGACUGAGUUCAUAAUAUGGGUACUUGGCUUUAGAAAUCUAUAGGAGACCUAUCUAUUGACCUUUAAUAGGUUCUUCAUCAUUUAUCUCUUACUGUCGUGUGGAUACUUUCAUUAUCAUAAUGACAUUGAUGAACCAGAAACUCCAAAACUCCAUGUAUGUCUUCCCUGGGAACCACUCCUUUCUGGACAUUUGCUAUACAAGCACACUAUCCCCCUAGAUGUUGGCUCAUUUACUCUCAGAGAAAAAUAACAUUUCCUAUAUGAGCUGUGUUUUUCAAACAUACUUCUUUUUUUCUUUUGUGGGCAUUGAAUGUCUCCUGCUUGCAGUAAUGGUCUUUGACCACUAUGCUGCCAUUUACAAUCCUGUACACUAGACAUUGAUUAUUAGCAAAGAAAUUUGCCUCCAACUGGCUACAGUCUGCUGGGAUGGUAUACUGCUUCUUAUAAUGAAGAUAGUAUAGAAAUGGUAUCUUGCAAGACUACCUAUAUUCCAUCCCCUCCAUCUCAUAUCAGGAGGAGUAAGGGAGAGAGAUAGUUUGACUCUGUUUUAUACUCUUCUGUCCACCUGAAGUUAAUUCAUGCUUCUUCUUCAACAGCUUCUGUCUUCUUUCCCCAAGGUCAUCUCCAUGGCUCCCUAUAACUCUUUAAGUAACUAGAAAUCUUGUGCUGAAUCUCAGAAUGAACUCAGGGAGAAAUGGAAAUAUGGACUUUCCUUGAACAACUUCAGGUUGAAAUGGUUAUCAAAGCAUCAUCAGGUGAUACCCAGUGUUUGUAGUCAAGAAUUCACACUCAGCCAUCCCUCACCAAAUUAAGAAUACACAAACCACAUCUAAAACUGGAGGUACUCUUUGGUUAUCAUGAAUUGGCUUCAUAUCUUCCAGGAAUUUCUUAAAUGACUUUAUGAAUCAACUAAAUGUAAAGUCUUAAGCUGCUUUGUAUUUCAUAUAAAUUCAAUUAAAUGUGCUGAUAAUGAUUAAUUCAACAAGAUCACAAGGAAUGUUACGUGAUCAUAUAACCAAGAAAUAAAACUUUAAAACCUCAA